CUUCUUCUUCACAGGCGCUGCGUGCGUGCUACUAUUCAAACGUCCUGUUGCACCGGCGGAUUCCUCGUGAUCAUCGCUCCCCCUUCGUUCGGAAGAUUCCAUGCAGCGGAUUGCAGUCCCACAACCCCCACAGUCAGAAGCUAGAACGAUUCCGAAUUGGGUACGCGAGCCACGCAGCAGCAUCUGAGAUUCUUGCCUCUUUCACGAGCUCUCUUGCACUUCCCGCGCGUCGAGUGUCGAGAAGAAGGAGGUGCUGAUUGUCGUACAGCUUGAGCGAGGUCUUGUGAGUGAACCGAUCUGUGUGAGGUUUUGCGGGGAAGCUGAAUUCGUGCCUGGGUGACGCGAGUCGCAGCUCAAUGUAUGCUAGGCAUGAACUAAUGUUGACGCUUGAUGUCGUGCGUCUGGUUGGGGAUGAGGAUUCGUCCUCGGUAUGCUUCAGCUUAGUGGUCGGCGAGGACCGGAUCCAUGGGAAUCGAGGAUUGGGGUUUGGAUUUCGCAAUAUAUCCAGCUGGAGAUUUGCAGCGAGGAUGGUGUACUGAGGUUUCUGUACCCGUAAGGAAGCUAGCAGCUGAAGUUAUCUCUGUCUGUUUUUUGAGCUCUUUCAUGACUGGAAAAAAAGUGCCGAUGAUAGUCAUUCUGGCCGGAUCUUGUAUUUUUUUUGGUGUCGAUGCUGGCCCACAUUACGCUUGACUUCAGACAUUCUCGUGGUUCAUUGGGGUAAUGCUCGGAGUGGAUCGAAAUGUUUCCUCCGUCGUAGCAAAACCCAGUAUUAUGUCGAACAGUAGCUAAGCCUGGAGGCGCUGAGAAUGUCUUUGGCUCGGCUCAUUAUUUCCUGCGAAUCACGCUAUCGAAGCUACGGAUCGAGACAUGAAUGCUGAGAGUACUCUUGUAUGUGAAUGCGUACACACAAAAGAUUCAUGUUCUGGAAACCCUGGGAAAUCCUCGGAGAGCAUCACAGCAGUAGCGCUCGAAUUUGUUCCUAGCAAAACUAUUGAGCUUUGCAGCGUGGAUAGCGAAAUCAACAGGGGAAAUGCAAUAGACGAGUGCGAUGGGAAGUCGUUGUCAGCUCCAGGGAAGGUCUGGGUGCGUGCUGCGAGGGUAGCCUGCAUUGAGAGCAACAAGCUGAAGCACCAUGGCUCGAAUAAUCGACUCUUCAUGCUUCAUUUGGGCUGUCGUAGAAAUACUUGUACUCUCGAAAGUGGAUCUCCUUCCGCUUUGUCUAGCCCUUAAUUCCGAAGGAUUGGCACUCUGGGAAUUCAGAAAAAUGGUACAAGGUCCAAGCGGAACCCUGAACGGCUGGAAUUAUUCCGAUGAAUCUCCUUGCGAUUGGAGAGGUGUCGUUUGCGAUAAUGUCACUAAUCACGUCAUCAGAAUCAACCUGCCAAGAGCUCGAUUAACUGGGACAAUCAGUCCUCGGCUGUCGGAAUUGUCUCAGCUGCGUCGGCUGGGACUGCACGCGAACAAUAUCACUGGGGCUAUUCCAUCCUUCCUAGUAAACCUCACAUACUUGCGGACCCUGUACUUGCAUAAUAACAACUUGACAGAGACGUUACCGGAUGUAUUAGGGAUCAUGCCAGCUCUCCGAAUACUGGAUGUAUCAGGCAAUAAGAUCGAGGGACCCAUACCAGCGACCUUCAGUGCCAUGAACAAGCUCAAAUUUCUGAACUUGUCGAACAACCGGCUCUCAGGCGAAGUUCCAGGUGGAUCUAUGCUUCGUUUCCCUGCAUCCUCCUUCGCAGGUAACAGCCUUCUAUGCGGAAGUUCCUUGUUGGGCUUGCCUGCUUGCAAACCAGAAGAGGAGACAAAAACAGACCAUAAAGGGUCCCGAUGGAGUGCCUGGAAAAUACUGGUGCUGUCCAUUGGAAUAUUCCUCCUCUUGAAAAUGAUAAUCGCGCUGUUAAUCCUCUGCCACUGUCUACGCCAAGACAGGAAACGCGAGAUACAACUUGGAAAAGAGGGCAAGUUGGUGAUGUUCAGAGGAGAGACGGUGCCAAAGUCCAAAGCGAUGCUCCAAGCAGUUCGUAAACUUCGCAAGAGAGACAUCGUUGGAGAAGGUGGUUACGGAGUGGUCUACAAGACAGUGCUCAAAGAUGGGAGGGUCUUUGCCGUGAAGAAGUUGAAGAAUUGCUUAGAGGCGGCUAUUGACUUCGAGAAUGAGCUGGAGGCGCUUGCAGAGUUGAAGCAUCGCAACUUGGUGAAGCUCAGAGGGUACUGUGUGUCGCCCACUUCGAAGUUCCUAAUUUACGACUUCAUUCCAAACGGCACUGUAGAUCAACUCUUGCACCCACGCACGGAAGAAGGGGAGAAAGGUAAUCCCGUGGACUGGGCAACCAGAAUCAAAAUAGCGCGUGGGACGGCACGGGCGUUGGCUUGCUUGCACCACGACUGCCAACCUCGUAUCAUACACCGCGAUGUAAGCUCCAAAAAUAUAUUACUGAAUGAAAGAUUUGAGCCAUGCCUCUCUGAUUUUGGCCUAGCCAGAUUGAUGGAAAACGAUCACACGCAUGUCACCGCUUCUGUUGGUGGAACAUAUGGCUACAUUGCACCAGAGUAUGCGCAAGCUGGGCGAGCUACAGAAAAAUCUGACGUGUACAGCUAUGGCGUAAUUCUGCUGGAGCUUCUCAGCAGGCGCAAACCUACAGACUCUUCCUUCUCUGCGCACCACAUCAAUAUGGCCGGAUGGUUGCGCUGUUUGAGGGAGAAAGGCCAGGAAUUGGAGGUAGUGGAGAAGUAUUUAAGAGAGACAGCGCCACACCAGGAGCUCGCAAUCGCUUUGGAGAUAGCUUGCAGAUGUGUCUCGUUAACGCCGGAAGAGCGCCCACCUAUGGAUGAAGUUGUGCAGAUUCUUGAGUCUCUUGCCAACUCGUCCGAGAGUACACAGCCCACAGUUACUGAAACCACCGCCACCUCUAAUGAGACAUGAGUUAUGAAGCCUGUGCACAAACAUAUCUCCAAUAUCGGCCCUGACUUGUGGCAAUCUCCUGUCCAAGUAGAGUCGACUGACACGUCGAGUCGAACAUUGACAGCAACAUGCCAAUGAGAAAACGCGAAUGAGCAGAUACACAUCAGUGCAGGGAGACUCUUUAUGGCUCAGUGUAGAACAUCGAGCACGGUUCAUAACCAGUAAAGGUGCCCUCGCGAGCAAUGAUUCUACCCAUCCACAACCACCCGCGGCGUUCAACCAAGAAUAUGAAAUCUGUGUUCAAAACUUUAAGUUUUGAGACUGUUACGGUGAGUGAGCUUGAAUUUCAGAUGGUGGAGUCCCUCCCACAUUUUCUGGUACCGAACUGGUAAGCUGCCCAACUCCGUUCAGUAGCUUGGAAGAUCCAAGGCUCACAAUUAGCGAUGUGGACCUUGUUGUUUUCCGACGCUUGUUUGACCUACUUGGACGCCAUAUCCGCCAUUGUCACCACUUUGGCCUGCAACAACGUCGACGUAGCUGUGAUCUUAAGCUUCAGCUGACACACAAUAACCAGCGCGAGUUCUCUACAGAAACCCUAAUCCCACGGAGAUAUUCAGGAGCCCUAAAUUUGUGAAGCUUUUUGGGGAGCUCAAUCUGUGGAGAGAGUUAAUUGGGGGAUUUAGAGAGUGCAAUUUUGAGGAUGAAGGAUUUGGAUCAUGAUUGAACAAAGUUAAUAAAAAAAAAAUUUCAACUAAA